AUGGUGUCUUCAUUGUCAACCUGCGAAUUCCUCGAUGCUAUACGAAGUUUCCAUCGCCAAUCACAAUCGCUGGAAGACCGUCACUAUCAGUGGGAACUGAUAGACACAGAAUAUAAACCCUACUUGCGACGAAGUAUUCUUUCAGCAUAUGCAGAUAAAUCGUCGAAAGAGGGAGAAGAAAUAAAUGCGGCAGAAUUAAACAGCAUGUCAUUCGAUGAAGACAGCGGCGAUCUUGCCACAGCAUAUAUCACUGCAAGCCAUCAAUUGAUAUCACUGGAGCAUCAUAUUGUAUACUCAACUAGCUAUCAAGUGCCAGUGUUAUAUUUCAAUGCUUCCUUUUCAGACGGAGCGCCGCUGUCACUGGACGAUCUCUACAGAUACGUCAUACCCGAUACUUUAGCCAAUAAUCUGAGAAACUCGCCUAUCAGCAUCCAAGGAUCGAUCAGCCUAACGGAGCACCCAGUUCUUGGGACCCCCUUUUGGUACAUUCACCCGUGCAACACCGAAGCGCUCAUGCAAACCAUCGACUACUCUAUAACGACGGAGAACUAUAUCAAAGUAUGGCUUUCCUUUAUGGGUCAAGCAAUUCAUUGUCCGGUUUCCAUGGUCAUGUUCGUCGAAAAAUUCGCAUAG